UUUAUUUUGUUAAUAAUCAACUAUGAAUACGACAAAGCUUUGGGCGUUCUGGCUUCAGCCCGGCCUGAGGUGAUUGGCUCCUGUCAAUGCAGGUCCCUGCGGACAACAAACCUGAAAGUUUAAACCGCAUCCAGAUUUGAGCAGGCGAUAAACACAAAAGGUCGGACAAGACCAAACCAUGAAGCCUUCACGAGCUGCCAACAGCCUAUUACGCGGCAAUGUGACCCCGGGGAGGUCACUUAGGACCUCUUCAGCUCUACUUCAGAACCGGAGAACAUAUGAGGUUCAACCGGCACCCUCUCCCCUCAGUGCCAGCACCAGCACCACACCAUGGCAGCCUCCGAUAAUAGCCCGGCCCUUCUGCUACACCCCCACCAGACACCGAAAACGAAAGAUCGGAAGCAACAACAACGUCGACGGGAACCCCAACCACCAGUACAAUAGCACCACCACCGGCCCCCCACCUCGUACCUCCACCUCCAAAGCUUCUCCCGUCGACGACGCCGACAUGCUCAACCCGUUCGACUUCACCGACCUGCAAACAGCCUUCGACCGCGCCGAGAAGCGCUAUCUAGACGACCUCAAGAAGCUACGCACGGGGGGCCGCUUCAACGCCGACACGGUCGGCGCUAUCCGCGUACAGCCCGACAAAAAAUCCCCCCAGACGUUCCCGCUCCGGGAGCUGGCGACCGUGGCGCCGCUGGGGGCCCGGCGGUGGAGCAUACUGGCGUUCGAGGAAGCCUCGGUGAAACCCAUCAUCAGCGCGGUGCAAAAGUCGGACGAGUUCAACCAGCAGCCGCAGCGCAGCGAGGAGAACCCGCUCGAGCUGACCAUGACGGUCGAGCCCGAGCGGGCCGAGGCGCUCGUCAAGAGGGCCAAGGACGUGUGCCAGGCGUGGAGGACCAGGGUCAGGGAGGAGGCGCAUAAGAGGGGGGAGUUGCAUAAGAAGUGGAGGGCAGAGAAGUUGGUGCUGAAUGACGAUAUGUAUAAGUUGAGGGAGAAGCUGCAGAAGUUGCAGGAUGAGAUGAUGAAGGUGAUUCUGGUGAAGGAGAAGGAGGUUGUGGCGGGAAUUAUGGCGAGGGGAAGCUGAAUGCAAUGACGUGUUGAGCAAAAGGUAUACAGUUUGGGAGUCGGUCAUACGUGGCAAAGGCCAGGUGAUUUAGAAUAAUGUGUGUGUUUCAUAUGUGAUAGAUACCUCUGUACAACAGACUCAUAGAACACUGGGCCGAGGACGGUAUUGUUACAUAAGUUAUAGACAAG